AUGAAGUUAUUCACUCCCACCCUACUCCUUGCCCUUUCAGCACUUGGAGUCGAUGCCGUGGGCGUAAAUGACUCACCUUACAAAACAGCAAGGCUUGUUGUUAGCACUAUCCAAUCGGCCGUGCAGACUGCCGAGGAUAUGGACACUGGCAACUACAAGGAUCUGGCCAAAAUAAAAGAUCAGCUACGCACGCAAUUUCAAGGGUCAAUGGACGGUCUCCGUGACUGGGCCUAUCUGGUCGAUAAUGGAUAUGGUUAUUAUGGUGGUGAUCAACAAGGUCAACAAGAAUGCGACCAUGAGACCAAAUUAUAUGAUCAAAUUUCUCAAAGUAUCAUUGGAAUCACUCCGACGUUCAAAAAUAUCUUGAAUUCCAAGUUUAAAAACGAAUACGCCCACAUCGGCCUCACUGAGCAUCGUCUCCAAGUCACCUGGGGAAGGAAUCAGAAGGAAGCUAAGCUUGCCAGGCUUCUCGGCGACAAAUGUCCUGACAACAAGGACAAACUUCUCAAGGUGCAGGAGCGAGGUGCUAAUUCUUUAAAGGAGAUGUAUGAUGAAGUGAGCAGGAUUGCCAAUGAGGACGAUGGGGAUGAUGAGUAG